GAUGGAGGGAACAGAGUGGCGGGGCUUGGGGGCUACUGAGGCUCUGGAGAUGAGAAGGCCAAGAGUUCUUGCCCACCUUGAAACCCUUCCACUGCUGCGGAGGAGCUUUUCCCAGUCUCUGUGCUCCCCUGGGGAGAGAAGUGGAGCCAGCAGUUUGGGGCAUGGAGGCUGAGAGACCCCAGGAAGAAGAGGAUGGUGAGCAGGGCCCCCAUCGGGAUGGGCAUGGCUGGCCCCCUGUAAACACCACCACUCGGCCUUGGCGAUCUGCUCCUCCAUCCCCUCCUCCAGGGACCCGCCACACAGCCCUGGGACCCCGCUCGGCCUCCCUGCUCUCCCUGCAGACUGAGCUCCUUCUGGACCUGGUGGCUGAGGCCCAGUCCCGCCGCCUAGAGGAGCAGAGGGCCACCUUCCACAACCCCCAGAACUCCCCAAGCCUAGCCCCAGCCCCACCCCGGCCUCAGGAGGACAGAGAACAGCUCUAUAGCACCAUCCUCAGUCACCAGUGCCAGCGGAUGGAAGCCCAGCGGUCCGAGCCUCCCCUACCCCCAGGGGGGCAGGAGCUCCUGGAGUUGCUGCUGAGAGUUCAGGGUGGGGGUCGAAUGGAGGAACAAAGAUCCAGGCCCCCCGCACACACCUGCUGAGACUUGAGCCCCCUACCAGCCCCUCUGCGC